AAAAUUGAAACAGCGGGAAAAAACGGUUGAGAGCGGAUCGCAAAGCGUGCCAUAGACAAAACGUGAAAAGAAUUUCAUAAUCAAAAGUUAAUCCAAACGCUAAAACAAGGAACAGCAAAAACAAUCAGUGCGAGCCAGUGACAAGCCAAAAACCAAAAGUCGAAAAGAGACUACUACUAACUGCGAAAAAGCAAACAGCAAAAGCAAAAACACAAAGUGCAAACAGAGCCAGCAAAAAUAGCUCAAGUGACGCCAAGCCGCAAGAUAAUUUCACCAGAGCAAGAACUGCAGCAGCCACUGGAAUACCUGAGCAACAUGGUCGUUGAGGAGAACUGCACAAUGCACCACCUGGAAAUGGAGCUGGACAUGGAUCUGCCCAUGGAGUGUGCCCCCAUUGGGCGCACCGUUAAAUCGACCCUUCUCAGGGCCCAGGACGAGUCUCGUGUGAUCGUGGGACUGUCGGCCGCCAUCAAUGUGCUGUCAAAGUCGCCGGAUGGUUCCCUCUUCUGCCUGAUGGCAAUGCCCAAGGACGGAGACUCCGCCACUCACAUGCACGAGGUGCUGUUGGAGGCCUUCUGCUACGAGAACGACAUCUACGUCAUUAAGGUGGACGACGCCACCAAGCUGAGCCGCAUCCUGGGCCAGGAGACAGUCGAGUCGUGCUGCCUGGUGCAGAAGACCUGGACGGCCGACGAGGAGCGCCUCAACAAGGCGGAGAACCAACUUGUUGAUUACUGCGAGGCCCAUUGGGAUGCCCCCAAGCAGCCCACUGUGCAGCUGCCGGCCGUGUAGGCAGUGUGAGCGGGACAGCCACAUUAUUGAACAGUAAAAACCCCCGAUGACAGUGGGGCAAUCUUGGUUUAAAUUGAGAGAAACUUGCAAGGAGCGAAAGCCAGUAACCAGUUAGAGGUUGAUGUACUCCAACGUCUUGGAGAGUUCCCAAGGGAAACCGACGUUUGGGCUGCCACAGCCACAUACUUACUUGUACAUAUACACAUAUAUAUAUCAGCCGU